CUAAUGCAAAUUGUCUCUAAUUAUUUGCUUGUAAAGCCUAGUUUUCUUGUAGUGGUAUAAGGCACAGAUGGUUUAGAGUGUCCAUGGUUAGGGUAUAUAAGGUAUUGAUGGUUUUGACGGUUCAAGUUUUUUAUUAACAUAUGUUCACUUGAAGUUAUUUGAAGUCUUUGACCACAUGAGAUCCCUUUUUAAUCUAUGUUUAAGGUACGUGGUUAGGGUAUAUGGUUUAGAGUAUAAGGUAUAUGUAUAUGUAUAUGAUAUAGCAAAGAUCUAUUUUUUAUCUAUAUUUUGAAAAUCAAAGUCCGAAAAUCACUUUAAAUUAACUAUGGUUAGGGUAUAGGGUAUGUGGUUAGUGUAGGGUACAUGGUCAGUGUAUAAUGUUUGAUGGUUUACGGUAUACGAUCAACAACAUAUACUAACUUAAUAUUGUCGAUUGAGGCAAGGAUUAAGUGCAUAGGUAUAUGUUAUUGAGUAAGUUAUGAAUGAAGUCACAACAAUUUUAAAAAAUUUGAUAGUUAAUCUUUAGCAGUUCAAUAUUUAAGGUAAUUCAAACAAUUUUACAAAUAACUCGUUUAACAACAUUUUACUGAAGUUUUUGGGCAGUGAGUUAUUUCAAAAUAACUCCUUUUACCGCUAUGAUUUUGCCAAAUACCACACGUCAAAUACAAAAUUUGCAUGGUUCUAUCAAAUGAGAUACUUUAAUCCAAUUACUACUGAAAUAAUACUAAAAUACCAAAUAAACAAUUAAUGGUGUUUAUUGGUUACAAAUGUUGAUAUCACCAUUACUAUAUUUAGCUAGUGUACUUUACCAAUUGCGAUUGAUUACAUGACAAGUUUGCAAGUGAUACAAAUUGAUUCAAUAUUUUGACUAUCUUUUUAAAAAUUUCAAGUACAUAUACGAGGUAGAAAGAACUUGGUUAAAAAUUGUGAAAAAAUGUCUAAAUUGGUAACAAUUAAUGGGUAAGUAACUCGAUGCACUGACCCAAAAAACCCGCAACCAGAUCCGCCCGCAACUUGCCCGACCCAAAGCCCGAUGAACUCGCAAACCAAUUGAACCCAGCCCUAACCCGCCUGAUUUUCACCUGUUUAGAUCUUCUUUAUAUUGUGCUGUAUUAUUAUUAAAUGGUCCUGUUCUUUUAUGCUUUUCAUGAUGACCAUGCGUAGGUCUGUUGGAACAGGACUGGUUUCAAAGGCCAAUUUAUAUAAUAAUUCCUUUCAUUGCAAGAAGAAUAGGAAGAGUACGACAAUUAAUUAACUAAAUCUUCAAGUAAGUAAGUGAAGGUAAAAAAGUAUUUACCUUUCUUGAAUGUGGCAAGAUUGUCAAAGGGGAAGGGAAUUUGUAGGUUGCCGAGGUUAUGUGCCAGGAUGGGGGCGUUGGUGUGAUUCAAAGGUUAGUUAGUGGUUCGACCCGGCUACAUGUAGUGUCAUUAAGGAAAUCUCUCUAUCCCUUAGGGAUGUUGAGGAUCGGCUUGUCUGGCAUGGUACGCCGGAUGGUGUUUUCACUGUGAAAUUAGCCUAUCACCUGGUAGUUAAUAAGAGUAAAAAGGAUGGGCGAUGGCGGGCCUCGGUCAGUUGGAUGGAUAGGGGAAGCUGGAUCAAAUUGUGGGAUGCUAAUAUCCCCUAAAUUGAAGGUGUUCUUCUGGCAAAUUUUCAAUCGGAUCCUCCCCACGACGGAAGCGCUUCGGGAAAAAGAUGUCCAAGUCCACCCUAGGUGCCCAGUUUGCUGGGCGGAAUCCGAGACGAUGGAGCACUUGUUUCUUGAGUAUCCGGUGGCUAGGGCGUUGUGGGAUUUUGCGGGCUUAGAAUACCUUGGGCAAGGACUUCCUCGUCAUACUUUUCCGCUUUUCCUGAAGCGGCUAUUGCUAAUCAUUCAUCAGUCCCCAUUGUUUAUGGUUGUGGCUGCGGUACUUUGGAGAAUCUGGCGUUCUCGAAACUGGGUUGUCUUUGAGGGCAAGCAGUUUGGGUUCCCAGCUUUAAUGAGGCAAUAUCAUUAGCAGAUUCAGGAAUGGUUGAACCUUCCAGUGGAAGAGACGAGGAGGUUUUCCUGUCCCCCCUGCGUCGCCGGUAGUGGUGCUCCCCCCGAGUGGGCUGGUCUGUAGGUGGGAUGGGGCGACUAAGCAGGGCUCUCAUUCAGCAAGAGGUUUUGUUGUGAUGGACAGUAGAUGGGGGUCCUUUUGGCUAAGGGUGUUCGGUUUGAUGGGAUUGAUGAUCCUCUGGUUGCCGAAAUGCUCAUGAUUCGGGAGGCUAUUUCUUGGUGCAUUUCGUCUAACUUUUUGGAGGUGAAAUUGGAAGGUGAUUCCAAGGUGUUUAUUGAUAAAUCAAUCAAGGGAUCACAAGGGAUAGUCGGAUUGGCACCUUGCUGGUUGAAGUGGUGGAGUGUUUAGCGCUUAAUAGGGGGCUUGCUGUACGAUUUGUAGGUCGGUAUAAUAAUAGGGUAACCCAUUUGGUGGCUAAGAAGGCCCUUCAUUUGUACCUAACUAUGAGUCGUUCUUUUGAUUAUCUGGCCUGGCUGCGCUCCAGGGUGUUUUUUUUAUCAAAAUAUGAUUAUCUUUUGUAAAAAAAAAAGAAUGAAAGUGCACUUAGCCUGGGUUGGUGGAAAUAUAAAAUAAUUGCAUGAAGGUGUCUCAUGAUAUCUGUGAGAAGAUGCGAAAAAAUCUCAAGGAUUUUGAUGAUAAGAAUAAGCAAAAGGCAGCAGUAAAAAAAGCAUUUAGUGAGAAUUAUGAAGAGGGACAACAUAUUGGUGAAAAAGAAACUAUUAAUGUUGAAACUCUUGUCCCAUGUUCCUCUUCAAAAAGACUUCUUUUGAAAACAUAGACUCAUGCCAGGUUGAUAGGAUUGAUGAACAUUUUGCUCCAAGAAUAACUUCUGGAUCUCAACCAGGACUUAAAAGUGUCUUGGCUAGUAAAGAAAUUACGUUAAGAGCACGACUAACUAUUGCCAAGUGGUUCUAUGAUGCAUGCUUUGCUUUCAAUGCAAUUCAGUCUCCUUACUUUUAGCCAAUGAUUUAUGCUACUCCUGGGUUUCGAAUGACCUUCUUAUAAUGAUAUAAGGGUUAAUUUGUUGAGUGAUUGCAAGAAAGAGUGUGAUUUGCUUGUUGAAAAAUUGAGAAGUGACUGGAAAGAAUUUGGUGCACAUUGAUGGCAGAUGGUUGGGUUGACCAGAGGCAGAGAAGUUUGAUUAAUUUUCCUGUCUAUUUCCCGACCGAUAUGCUCUUUGUGAAAUCUUUUGAUGCAUCUGAUAUAGUCAAGGAUGCUCAUAACAUCUCCAUGUUGUUAUGUGAUUGAAUGGAUUGGUUCUGAAAAUGUGGUGCAUAUGGAGACUGAUAGUGUAGCAAAUAUGGUAGCAGUUGGGAGGAAGAUAACUAGCUAGCGAAUAUGAUAACAUCUAUUGGUCCCCUUGUGUUGCUCAUGCUCUGAAUUUGAUGCUAAUAGACAUAUGUUCUCUGGGUGGAAUAGAUAACCUUGCUCAUCGUGCAUCUAGAUUGACUAUUUUUAUGUACAAUCAUCUUCCUUUGUUGAACUGGUUGAGGAAAAGACCUAAAUGGAUGGAGAUUGUAAGAGCAACAACUACUCGCUUUGCUAGUACAUUUAUCACUCUUCCUAGCAUCAUUGAGCAGCAGGGUUAUUUGCAAGCUUUGAUGGUGAAUGAGUUCUUUAGAGACCACAAACUCUAAAAAACAAAGGAUUUUGGA